GUGAGAAGACAGAUUAAGCUAUUGUUGAAGUCCAGUGGAAAUUAUUACAAUCAAGGAGAGAUUCGUAAGAAAGAACUGGAACAGAGUUGUUCUCUUCUGGGGAUUACUGCUUCCGAUGUAACGGUCCUUGAUCACAGGGAUCUGCCGGAUAAUCCUGCUCUUGAAUGGGACACACAGCUCCUUGCCGCCUUUGUGCUAAAGCACAUAGAAGCCAAUAACAUCAACCUGGUGGUAACCUUUGAUGCGGGAGGAGUGAGUGGUCAUGCUAACCACAUUUCUCUUUACACUGCUUUAAGGUACCUGCAUUCAGAGCGGAAGUUACCUGAAGGGUGCCGUGUAGUCGUGCUCGAAUCAGUAAAUCUCUUCCGGAAGUACAUCUCUGUCCUGGAUGUACCUGUUUCCUGCCUCCUGCCCAGAGAUGCGCUCUUCAUACUCACAGAGGAGGAGACUGAACAAGCCAGGAGAGCCAUGCGGUGUCAUCGCAGCCAGCUCCUCUGGUUUCGCCACAUCUACAUGCUUUUCUCACGUUAUAUGGUGAUCAAUUCACUCCGCCUUCUGUAA